CGCCCAACCAAAUCUUCAUAAGUACGGUUGUCGAAAUAGUUAUCGACAUGGCGACUCCCGAAAUUGUGCAUCUCCCAUUGCCUCACUUGCCUGAUGGCUGGGAUGGUGGUGAGAAGGGGUUCAAAGUCUUGGGAAGUUUGUCUGCUGCAAACCAACGGACCGUUGAGCCCGUUGGGCCACAUUUUUUAGCUCAUGCUCGGAGAAAACGCCAUAAUCGCACUUUCUCCGAAGAUGACCGCAUCCUCGCGCAGGAAAAUGUGAAGAAGGUUGAGGAUGAAGACGAUGGCGAGAUCUCCGAGCCCGAAGACCCUAUCAUGCUCCAGAGGGAUGCAAAGGACUGGAAGGGACAAGAUCACUACGCAGUCCUCGGCUUAAGUAAAUACCGCUACAAGGCCACCAAUGAGCAAAUCAAGCGUGCCCACCGCAAGAAGGUCCUCCGUCAUCAUCCUGACAAGAAGGCUGCUUCAGGUGACUCAGAUGAGAAUGACAACUUCUUCAAAUGUAUCCAGAAGGCUACAGAGAUCCUCCUUGACCCAGUGCGCCGUCGACAAUGGGAUUCGGUCGAUGAGUUGGCCAAUGUUUCACCACCAGGCCCUAAGAAGAAGGGCGAUUUCUUCAAACUCUGGUCCCCUUAUUUCGAAUCUGAAGCCCGAUUUUCCAAGAUCACACCAGUUCCUAUGCUGGGCGACGAGAAUAGUACAAAGGAAGAAGUUGAGGAGUUUUAUAAUUUCUGGUACAACUUCGACAGCUGGAGAUCAUUUGAAUAUGAAGACGAAGAUGUCCCCGAUGAUAAUGAAAACCGUGAUCAUAAACGCCACAUUGAACGCAAGAAUGCUAACGCUAGGCGGAAGAAGAAGACGGAAGAUACUGCCCGUCUACGAAAAACAGUAGACGAUGCUCUUGCAGCCGAUGCUCGUAUCAAGAAAUUCCGUCGAGAAGAGCAUGCAAACAAGAACAAGCGCAGACUAGAAAGGGAAGCUGAGGCCAAACGUCUUGCUGAGGAGAAGGAGAAAGCUAGGCUGGAAGAGGAGCGGCUGAAGAAAGAACGUGAAGAAGCCGCCAAGGCCGAAAAGGCUGAAGGGAAGAAAGCCAAGGAAGCUGCCAAGAAUGCUGCGAAGAAGAACAAGCGUGUGCUGAAAGGAAGUGUGAAGGACGUCAAUUACUUUGUCGAGUCUGGUGACGCGUCUGUGGCACAGAUUGAUAGUGUGCUUGGGGAUGUGGAACAGAUUAUGAGCCAAAUUAAUAAUGAGGAGCUUGCUGCGCUUGCUGGAAAGCUUGGCAAAGCCGGCAAGGAUGCCGCUGCGGUCAAGGCGGUGUAUGCCGAGGAGGCAGCGAGAUUGGUCGGAGACGGAAAGAUAAAAGAUACAGAUAUCAAGAUCUUCAGAACUUAAAAGAAAAUUGGCUAGGGCCAAGUCAUGUGUGACGAGGCAGAACUAGAAUCUUCAAAAAUGUUUUUCACCUUUCUUCGAAAUCCUUGCGUACUCCGUACAUUUCAGAAGAAUUCUUGAUGGCGAUGAAUGACGUCUUAUGCUGAAGAUCAUUUGAUAUUCUGCUGAUCGAUCGCAACUAUCUUGUACCGAGCGAGAGUCUCUCCUGAUGUGCACCCCACUGAUCAUCGUAGUGUCAGUCAUCGUCAUUCGAUCUCUGUAUCAAACCACGGGGAAUCUUACUAACCCGCUGUUUCUGCUUCUUAGCUUUACGCUCAUACAAACCCUACAACAUGU